GCUCAACCGCCGUCACCGAGGGUGGAAGGGUGCGAAAGAAUCGGGAAAAAGAACUGCCCUCCGCUUACGACGGAGGGGAUGGAGGGGGAAACCCUCGAGAUCGGGGGGUUGGAAAGCUCAACCAAAAUGACUUAGUUCAACAUGGAUUUGCGUCGAGUGAAGAGCUUCAAGGCCACGAAUUUGGUUAAAAAGCCCAAGAAGAUGGCUUUCACCAUCAAAGAAUUGCUUUCGGAUCGGAAAGAGUCUCUGUAUAUGCGACGACUCAAACUCCAGAUGCAGUAUCAAAUUUUGAGAGCCCAAAUCAUCAUGUCCAAUCCACAAUUUGCGUCGUCUUUCUUCGACUUCAACUGGAACCAACCCGCCGGGGGAUUAUCCAGCCAAGCUUCACUCAUGGCGCCUUAUCCUGGUUAUGAUUACAAUCACUACUUCAAUAGUAGUAUGAUGAUGCCCGGGUCUGGUUCGCCUCUUCUUCUCGAUCUACCGGGUAGCUUUUGCCCACCCAUGGGCCCCACCCCUCCACCUUUGGAUUAUAGUCAGUUUUACACGAACGGUUUGCCAAAUCAUUUCGCUCAAAUAUUUGUGCCCUCAACGCAUGCAAGUACCCCGGCCUCGUUCUCGGGAGGUAUGUCGUUGGAUCCUUUUGAUAUGAAAAGUUCGGGACCUGUUAUAUUUGACCCUCGAAUUUUGAGUUGCGAGGGCGGGAUCAAAGGCGAGUCCAAGGAUGGCUUGGUGCCUGCGAAGACCCGACGGUCGUCCGUCUCGGAUGUUUCCUUCUACGAUUCGAGUGAGGCUGGCGAUACGCCGCCAGCCUUAUUUAAAUCGCACAAAUCUGGGAAACUCCAUUAUUGUGGUCAAGAAGGCUGCGACUACAAGACAGAUCGGAAGAACAAUCUCUUUCGACAUGCUCGAACAAUGCACGGUUUUCUCGAGAACGGGCGACUCCAGCCAUGUUGCGGACACACCUUCCACACCAAAACUCAAUACCGUCAGCACAUCAGGGCCUGCCAUUCGGACGGUUACAAAUGCUCUUGGGGAGGAUGUCCCAAAGUGUUCCCGCGUAAAGCUCUCCUAAUGAGACAUUUUAAAAUCCACACUGGGGAGAAAGCCUUUUUCUGCACUGAACCCGAGUGUGCCUAUACAACGAAUCACAAGUCAAACCUCGAUCGUCACAUCAACAUUCAUCAAAAGCGUGGCCUCUCCUCAUCGCCUAGGCCCUCGCCCGAGGGCAUUCCGUGCAUUAGUCCCAAGAUAGAAAUGCUCCCACCCACAAGUUCUUCGGAUAGUGAAACUACCAUUCAUCACUUCUCAUUCACUGUUCCGGAUCCGCAUCCGCGCAAUGACGGCGACUCUGAUUUUAUCGAUCAUUUGGCAGAAAGUCCUCGGAAGGUAGAAGUUCAGCUCUCCUACCCGAAACUAACGAGCAUGCCCAGCAUCCCACUUUUGUUUGAUGAGGAGCCACCUGAAAAUCUGGAGCAUCAAUCCAUUCUCUCUGAUAUCAACCCAUUGGCCAAUGACGGCUAAAGCGCUAAAAGUGAACCCAAAUGAUCACCAUCACCUGCAUCACUAAGUCUAUACUAGUAACCCCUCUCAUCAUUUUUGAAUAACUGUCAUCAAAGACGAGAUUAUUUAUGUAAAAAUGGCGUUCCGUCUCCAUGAGACAUCAUCGAUUCACCAUUGCCCUCAAACUCUGCCAUGUUCGUACCUGGUUCAUCUAAAUAUCUAUCCCCUCCCUCAUGGGACACCAAUGUCCUUCUUUCCUCCCUCAUCAUUUUUUGUUUCUUCGUUGUUUUGUGACCUUAUCCGCCAUCAAACCCCGAUUCGGUUAUAAUUCAGGCUCCUUAAUUUAUGGAAUAAACUAUUCUCGAAUUUCGAGUUCA